GUUCCGUCUACGAUAAUACGCAUUAUCGCAUAUAUGAUUAGAAUUUGUUUUGAUAACUUAUCAGUGUGCAUUGUUUGCGCGGGCUGGGAUAUCGUUUGAACCAGUAACAGUUGAAAAUUACCUUGGGAAAGUGCCAAGACUAAUUACGGGACGUAUACGUGUUGUGAACGUGAAAAAAUGAAAUCAAGGUUUCCGUUUUCGUUAGAAAACAUCCCGAGGCAGACAAGUUUUGCGUGUCUGUCUCUGAAAUUUGGCAGCAUAUUAUCUGCUCUCAUUCUAAUUCUGUAUUCAAUAUUCGCCAUAGCACAAUGCCUCGCGGCAUUGAACGUGCUGCCGCAAGACUGGACCUCAGACGAUAUAGAAAGCGUGAUGUCCACGGGCUUUGUCAUCGUUGUGACCAUUGCGCACACUGUUACACUGUUCCUUAGCACAUUGAUGCUUGUUGGUGUUUUAAAGGAGAAAGCGAGUCUCAUGAAGCCAUGGGUGAUCUGGACUUCUCUUCAAGUGAUGGUGUCGGUUUUGGCGUUUGUGUUUUGGACCACUUUGACUUUGAUCAAAUAUGGGGAUAAUUCACUCGUGAUAUACGUCAUCGAAUUUUUAGGAUUAAUGAUUCGUUUCUACAUGUUAAUGAUCGUGGCGAGCUUCUACAGACAGCUGGAGGAACGGACCACAGAAGAAACCAAAUAUCUAAGAGAUUUAGUGAACAACGAAAACUGGUACAGCACGGCGUGAUUCCUUUUACAAUUUCAUAAAAUUUAUUGUAAAUAAACUAAUUUUUUAUGAUGAAACUUA